CCCACGGUCUCACAUCCUCUUGUCAAAAAUUCUCGAUACUCCCCCCCCCCUGGCGACCCCCUUCACCGAACAACAAAUCCGCGAUGGCCAAAAUCGAACGACACGGAAAGGAUAUGCCCACGCUAUCGUGGAGCAUCUGGCAGGAGCUAUCGUCGAAUACCCGCAGACAGGCACCGUAAUGGGGGAAGCAAUUGCUCACCGCUUCGCAAUAGAUUUAAAUCAACCGUUUUUAAACCCCAAGGAUAAUGUUCAAUAUUCGCUCGGUGAUGCUCAUGGGGGGCAUCCCAAUGUCACCUGUGACCUCCUGCAAGAUAUCGAGACCCACAAGGCGGUCCAGUGUUAUCAAUUGAGAACUUCUUGCCGAUGUCUCAAGUAUUGUUCGUUCAACGGAACACGACUCUUGGAUAAACCCCCUCCCAGGUCUGAAUACCCACACACGUCGCAUGCCCCUCGUGAGGUAUUCUUGAAGACCUUGGCGUUUUUUUGCGCUCUUCGAGAGAACGGCUGCCCCCUUUCCGACAGAGACUGCGGCCCCCCCCGGAGGUCUGAUUUGCAUCCGGGACACGACGUAGAUGCCCCCGAGGAUGAGUAUUUCGGAGACGAACCCAGUGCCUAUACUUUGUAUCAAGCCCUGCAAGACGUGCGAGCACGCGAACGUCUCCCGAAUAAGUGUGGAGGGUGUCUUACCAUGGCCCGAAAUGUAUAUCUACAGAAUUUCAUUCAAUGUGAACAUCGUCGCAAAGGACACCGCGCACAUUUGAUCUUGCGCAACCUAAAGGAAUUCGAUCCUCCUUACCUGCAGGCGUUAAUGUGUAAUGACAUGCAUACCAUAUUGGCUUACGAAGCAGCUGCUUGUUUUGAGGGUUAUGGACCGAUGGCCGCAUGCGAUUCCGUCGCUGCGCCGCAAGAGCAGAAACAGCUGUGCCCAACAUGGCACCGAGACACCCAUGGGGUACUCACCCGAGGUACCAUGGAUCGUACUGAGCCCUGUCUUGCAGGAUUUGAAUUCUAUUAUCCCAUCGACCUAGGUCGCUGCCCAUACGUCCUACUCGUCUGUCGAAACCCACACUCACAUACCAAUCCUACUCCCACCAAGACUCCCCAGGCGAUCCAUGAUGUCUUCACCUCACUGCUUGAGGCACUCGAAUGGAAACUCGCAGACGCUACCCCACGGCGAAUUGUGUUGGACUCAGCGUUUAUGACGGGCUUGCGCAAAGUUCUCGGAUGGGUGGAUCUUUGUGAUCCUACGCUGGGUGACCUACAUCCGUCCUUGAGCAAUGCAGACCACAUGGCGCGGAUUAUAAAUAACCUUCGAAACAUCCAUUAUCCAUGUGGGACGGGGCUCGAAGGUGCCUACUGUCUCCUUUCCGAACACAGAAGCCUGCCGCCCGAGAAGCGUUAUGUGCACUGUGUUGAGGAACACAGCGUGUCCGGUGAAGGGAAAAUCUACAUCGUUAUCUGCAUGUUCAAGGCCAUGAGUCAGCUGUUAUUGCAAACUAGACAACCUUCUAUUGACACCUCUUUCAAACGUCUUCACAACUGGCAGGAGUUCGAAAUAGAGGCGUGGUUCCCAGAAUAUCUUUGCUCCAUUGUAGUCGCGCGUGCAUUCACAACUUCGCAGAGUGCAGAAGCUCACCGUAUACUAUUCAAUCGCAUUUUUUCAAUUGUGCACGAAGACACCGGCGAGAUUGUGAAGUUCCGACACAUUCACGGGGUCGGUUUUGACACCUUCAUGGCGGAUGGACAUAUAGGACAAGCAUUGGGUUAUUGCGUUAUAGAGUGGAGUAAGGCGUUGCAUGCACUUACCCCUUAUGAGCACCUUGCUCGGUUUUACCGUUAUUGCUUCACACAUUUUGUAAGAAAUGUGCUUGCACUGAAGGGACAGGUGUCUCUCGAAGUACGCACGGCCAUGCUGAGCAUUGCCGUAGCUGAAGCGUUGCCUGAUUUCGAAGGCACGCUACAACAGAUUCGUCAGGGAGGCAAGAAGGCUAUCGAUUGGUUGAAAAACAAGGAAUCUGCAGGUGGCUUUGCCCUGGCAGCACUCUACCAACCUCUGAGCAAGAUCCCAAUGGACAUCUGGAAGGCCUCCCCUUCAACUUCAAAUGGAAUUGAGCAGGCUCACCGCAGCAUAAAUGUGACGGUGUGAGACUUACCAUGCUGGCAGGUAUUAUGCGUGGGAUGCAGUACGACUCCCGAGCGAUGUCAGGCAUAGAAUUGCUAUGCAAGCAUGGCAUUCCUUCAAGAGACCAGCCACCAACACACUUUUGGCGGGCUGUGCGAGCUAUUUCCCGGGCCAGUGCGGUUCAGAAACGCACCAUUCAAGCUCACGAUGUUGAGCUUCAAACCGCCUAUAAGCAGCUUACUGGAUUACAAACCAAUGUCCAGACUCAAACUGUAUCCCUCAAGCGUGCUAAGGAGACAGGCAAAGGAAUUGAACGAGCAUAUAAGAAGUUA